AUGCCUCGAGCCUGCAGGCAAACCAUGCCCGCAGGGGGCGCCCGCGCCGGGCUGGCAUGCGGGGUCCCAGCACCACCAUGCCGCACCUCCGACAGUUUCUGGAUGGCAUCCACCGUCUUGGUGGUGGUCGUCGUGCUAACAGUGGGACCGCUGCCAUUUCGUGGGUUCCCAAACAGCUUCUUGAACAUGCCGGGCGGGUGUUCGAGGAGGGCGCGGGGGUUUAAGCAGGGGGGAUCCUCGUGGGCACAAGCCUUCCGGGGACUCCAGGCUCCACAGCCACGCCCGCGCUCACAACAGGUAGACUGA